AUUUUGUAAGUGUGCAUAUAGAUAUAUAUUUUUUCUUAUUGACAUGGUACUACUCAUUAUUAUGAACAAUAAAGGAAGUAUUCAGUGAAGCCAAGAGAAAAAAUUUUUUUUAUUUUCUAAAAUAUCUAAUCUUCUACAAACAUUUUACUUCUGGGAACUCUUUAUUUAAUAUUUUUUGUUAUUUAGAAAGAAAUUAUUUAUUUAUUCAGCUUGACGACUAAACAUGUAUUGCAUUACGUGAACAUAACAAUAAUAACGUUCAAUAUUGUAGUUGUGAAUAGAUUUAGUUUAAAAACUAUGAUAAAUGGAACAAUUACAAUGGAAUUACCUAACAACAAUAAUUAAUUAUCAUUUAAAAAAGAAAUCACACAAGUAACUUGAAUGAUUUUUAUAAAUAUGUUAUUAAAUUAACUAUAUCUUAUCAUAAAAAAACUAUUUAUAUUUAUGUAUAUACUACUUAUAUAAAAAUUACAAUAUCCAUUUUUAUAAAAUGAAUACAUUACAUUGGGCGAGUGGAGCAAAAGCUGCUAAUAUAGAUGGUACAAUGGGUGUUUAUGGUCAAUUGGACAAAUCAUAUGGUACACGACCUUAUAGUGGUAUGGUUGGUGCUGGUGGAGGUAGUACAGGUUUAUCUAAUCCAUCUAAUUUAUAUACUUAUACCGGUAGUAUAUUUUCUCAUAAUUCUACUAAUAUACCAUUAUGUUGUAGUUCAUCACAAGAUACAUAUACAAUAACACAACAAAAUCAUAAUCAAUUAGAUACAUCUGAUUAUACUAAAUUAUUAUCAUCAGGUACAAGUUUAAUUCAUACAAAUCAUAAUUCACCUAAUUUAUCUUAUUUACCAUAUAGUAUUUCAGAGACUAAAUUAAAUGAAAAAUUAUUACAUAAUAAUAUUAAUAAUUGGCAAAAAACAUUUAAUAAAAAUGAUUUAUCAUCAAUAAAUUCAUAUCAUCAAUUAGAUAAUACCAUAGCAACUACUCCCUUAGCAACUAAUAAAUGCCAUUUAAAUACAGUUACUAACGAUAAUAAUAAUAAUAAUAUACAAUUAAAUCAUAUAAAACAUAAUUUAAAUCAUCAUAAAAUCAAUCAUGAUAAUCAACGUAUUAUAUUAAAUAUAUCUGGUUUACGUUAUGAAACCCAAUUUAGUACAUUAAAUAAAUUUCCUAAUACAUUAUUAGGUAAUCCAAAAAAAUUAGAUCAAUAUUAUGAUUCAUUAAGAAAUGAAUAUUUUUUUGAUCGUAAUCGUCCUAGUUUCGAUGCAAUAUUAUAUUAUUAUCAAAGUGGUGGUCGAUUACGUCGUCCAGUGAAUGUACCCAUUGAUGUAUUUACUGAAGAAAUUAAUUUUUAUGAAUUAGAUGAAGAUGCCAUUGAAAAAUAUCGUGAUGAUGAAGGUUUUAUACGUGAAGAUGUGAAAAUUUUACCAAAUAAUAAAUUACAACGUAAAUUAUGGUUAUUAUUUGAAUAUCCUGAAAGUUCUAUAUCAGCACGUUGUAUUGCAAUUUGUUCUAUAUUUGUUAUUAUAUUAUCAAUUAUUAUCUUUUGUAUUGAAACAUUACCAUCAUUUAAACAUUAUAAAUUUGUGAAUUUAUCUUCAUAUCAUAUACCAAUCUCACCAUCAUCAUCAUCCCCAUCAUCAUCGCCAUCAUUACCACCAUCAUUGUCAUCAUUAUCAUCAUUAUUCUUAAUAUCCAAUCAAAAUAUCAAUACUAUUGAUUUAAUGAAAAAUCAUUCAAUCAAUAUAAAUCGAUCAAUAAAUGAUUAUAAUUUAUCAAUAAAAACAACAGAUGAUUUAUAUUUAUCAUUUAUUGAUUGUUAUUAUCAUUAUGAUCCAAUGAAAUGUUUAUUAAUUAUAGAAGAUGAUAUCCCUACUGUUAUAGAUCCAUUUUUUUUAAUUGAAACCAUUUGUAUUAUAUGGUUUACAUUUGAAUUAUUAAUACGUUUUAUUUCAUCGCCUCAAAAAAUUGCAUUUUUUAAAAAUAUUAUGAAUUUUAUUGAUAUAGUUGCAAUUAUACCAUAUUUUAUAACAGUUGGUACAAUGGUUGCUGAUGAAAGUAAAAGUCAAAAUCAAGCUAUGUCAUUAGCUAUAUUAAGAGUAAUACGUCUUGUACGUGUAUUUCGUAUAUUUAAAUUAUCAAGACAUUCAAAAGGUUUACAAAUACUUGGUCAAACAUUAAAAGCAAGUACACGUGAAUUAGGUUUAUUAGUAUUUUUUUUAUUAAUAUGUGUUAUAUUAUUUUCAUCCGCGGUUUAUUUUGCUGAAGUUGAUUCAGAUAGAACAUAUUUUCGUAGUAUACCAGAUGCAUUUUGGUGGGCUGUAGUUACUAUGACAACAGUUGGUUAUGGUGAUAUGAGACCUGUAACAAUGUGGGGUAAACUUGUUGGAUCAUUAUGUGCUAUUGCCGGUGUAUUAACUAUUGCAUUACCAGUACCUGUGAUUGUUUCAAAUUUCAAUUAUUUUUAUCAUAGAGAAACUGAAACUGAAGAUAAACAAACAUUUAUACAUGUUCAAUCAUGUACAAGUUAUGCUAAUUUAAGUUUAAGUAGUUUAAAUUCUAAUAAUAAAUGUGAUACAGGAUCAAUGAUAAAUGAACAACGGAAACAAUAUAAACCAAUCGAUACUGAAAUAAAGAAUGAUCAACUUAUUGAUAUGAAGCAUCAAAAACGAUCUAAAUCAUUGGCAAGUUGGCCGAAUAUACACCAGGAAGAUAAUUAUCUAGCCAAACGGAAUGAACAUAGAUCAUCAUUUAAAGAAAGUAAUGAGUAUGAUGAUAUUUUAUUGUCAAAAUCAACAAUUCAUCCCCCACAAUCUUUUAAUAUAUUGAGUAAUGAGACCACUGGUACAUUCGUUAAAUCAAUGACUAAUGAAGAUACUAAUGAUACAAAAAUAACAAAUGAUUUCGGUUCUCCUCAACCUAUUCAAAUCUAUUCAAGUAUUCAAGAAGAAAUGAGUGCACCAAAUUUAAACAAAAAAGAUGUAAGUUCAACGCCAUACAUCAGUAAAAUUACUCGAAGUUUAUCUCUCCCUCUUUGUAUUAGAACAGAGGGAGAAAAUGUACCAAAAUGCACCCAAUCAUUUAAAGUUAGUGGAAACCUUAAAGGGAGAUUAUUAAGUUGCCUACAUGAAACAAUUAAUGAAUCUUGUGAAAGUCAAAUUGUGGACUCUAAUAACAAUCAAUAUUUACCUGUAAGAUAUUACUUAGAAGAAAAUAUUGAUAAUCAUCAAAAUGAUCAACAAGAUACGUAUGAUAAUAACGAAAAUAGUACAGAUAUGGAAAGAAAUGAAGUUGAAAUAUCAGAGAAGUUAUUCUCUGAACAAAAUCAACCGGUACUUAAAAUUACAGAUGAUAUUACAAUAUCAACUUCACAUGUACAACCAUCAGAUGAUAAAAUAUGCCUUAAUUCACCAGCUCACUUUGUUUCCAGCCAUGACUGCAUCAAGAAACAUGUAAGUAGCAGUGGUAAUGAAACUGAGAAAACGAAAAAAUCUAAAGCUUUCCCUUCUAAACAACAACACUCAUUUAAUAAAACUAUUGAAACGGAUGUCUGA